AUGUGGAAUAUAAUGAGCAUGAAUAUGACCGUCGGUUUGUUUCUACCACUGCUGUUAUUUGGCUCAUUGGCUCUUUCAAAUAACAACAUGUAUGAGAGAUCUCUUGUACCCCGAGCUGUUUCGCGUUCAGUGGCCAGAAUGGACGGCGACAUUAUAAUAGGUGCCCUUUUUUCUGUCCAUCACCAGCCCUCAGCAGAAAAGGUCGCUGAAAGAAAGUGUGGGGAAAUUAGAGAGCAGUAUGGGAUCCAGAGGGUGGAAGCGAUGUUCCACACGUUGGACAGGAUAAAUGCCGAUCCCAACCUUCUACCGAACAUCACUUUGGGGUGUGAAAUCAGAGACUCUUGCUGGCACUCCUCUGUGGCUUUGGAGCAAAGUAUAGAAUUUAUUAGAGACUCACUUAUUUCAAUCCGCGACGACAGGGAUGGAUCGAGAUGGUGUAUUGAUGGAACUCCCUCGAGUCAGCCGCCGACCAAGAAGAAACCAAUUGCAGGUGUCAUCGGACCUGGGUCAAGUUCAGUGGCUAUACAAGUGCAAAACCUGUUACAACUUUUCAACAUCCCUCAAAUUGCCUACUCUGCAACCAGCAUAGAUCUGAGUGACAAAACCCUCUAUAAGUACUUCUUAAGAGUCGUGCCAUCUGACACCCUUCAAGCCAGGGCACUGCUGGACAUUGUGAAACGUUACAACUGGACCUACGUAUCAGCAGUUCACACAGAAGGGAACUAUGGCGAGAGUGGAAUGGAGGCCUUCAAAGAGUUGGCAUCCCAGGAGGGUCUGUGCAUCGCACACUCUGACAAGAUCUACAGCAAUGCUGGGGAGAAACACUUUGACAGGCUGUUAAGGAAACUGAGAGAAAGGCUGCCCAAGGCCCGUGUAGUGGUCUGUUUCUGUGAAGGCAUGACUGUACGAGGACUCCUCAUGGCCAUGAGACGUCUUGGUGUGGCUGGGGAAUUCCUCCUCAUUGGCAGUGACGGUUGGGCUGACAGAGAUGAGGUGGUAGAGGGCUAUGAGCAGGAGGCAGUGGGUGGCAUCACCGUGAAGCUGCAGUCAGAAGAAGUGUCUUCCUUUGAUGACUAUUUCCUGAAGUUACGACUCAACACCAACACCAGGAACCCAUGGUUCGCUGAGUUCUGGCAGCAUCGUUUCCAAUGCCGCAUCCCAGGACAUCCACAAGAAAAUUCAAACUACAAGAAGAACUGCUCAGGUUAUGAGAGUCUUGAGGAGAACUAUGUGCAAGACAGUAAGAUGGGCUUUGUCAUCAAUGCCAUUUAUGCUAUGGCCCACGGCCUUCAUGACAUGCACCAGCAUGUUUGUCCAGGCUAUGUGGGACUUUGUCCAGCCAUGGACCCCAUCGAUGGCAGCACACUGCUGGAAUUUCUGCUCAAGACAUCCUUUACUGGAGUGUCUGGAGAAGACGUGUGGUUCGAUGAAAACGGGGACACACCCGGGAGGUAUGAUAUCAUGAACCUGCAGUAUGUGGAGCCUGGUGUUUAUGACUACAUUAACAUUGGUUCCUGGCAUGAAGGCAUCCUGAGCAUUGAUGAUUACAUGAUCCAAAUGAACCGCAGUGAGAUGGUGCGCUCUGUCUGCAGUGAGCCCUGCUCAAAGGGGGAGAUUAAGGUGAUAAGGAAAGGAGAAGUGAGCUGCUGUUGGAUCUGCACUGCAUGCAAGGAUAAUGAAUAUGUACAAGAUGAGUUCACCUGCAAAGCCUGUGACUUGGGCUGGUGGCCCGACCAAGAGCUGCAAGGUUGUGAGCCCAUCCCGCUGCGCUAUCUGGAGUGGGGCCAUCCCGAGUCCAUUGUAGCUGUGGUCUUCUCCUGUCUGGGCAUCUUAGUCACCAUGUUUGUUACCUUCAUCUUCAUCCUAUACAGAGACACACCUGUGGUCAAGUCUUCCAGCCGUGAGCUCUGCUACAUCAUCCUGGCUGGCAUUUUUCUGGGCUACAUCUGCCCAUUCACCCUCAUUGCCCGGCCCACUGUGGCUUCCUGUUUCCUGCAGCGCCUCCUGGUAGGCUUAUCCGCCGCCAUGUGUUACUCAGCUCUGGUCACCAAGACCAAUCGGAUUGCACGUAUCCUGGCCGGCAGCAAGAAGAAAAUCUGUACGAGGAAGCCUCGUUUCAUGAGUGCUUGGGCCCAAGUGGUCAUCGCCUUCAUACUCAUUAGCAUACAGCUCACGCUGGAGAUCACCCUCAUUAUCCUGGAACCACCGGAGCCCAUUAAAUCCUACCCCAGCAUUAGGGAGGUCUAUCUCAUCUGCAAUACCAGCAACGUAGGCAUGGUGGCGCCGUUGGGCUACAACGGUCUGCUCAUAUUGAGCUGCACCUACUAUGCCUUCAAGACGCGCAAUGUCCCGGCCAACUUCAACGAAGCAAAAUACAUCGCUUUUACUAUGUACACCACCUGUAUAAUCUGGUUGGCUUUCGUGCCCAUCUACUUUGGGUCCAACUACAAGAUCAUCACCACCUCUUUCUCUGUCAGUCUCAGCGUCACGGUAGCACUGGGCUGUAUGUUUACCCCCAAAAUGUACAUUAUCAUUGCCAAACCAGAGAGGAAUGUGAGGAGUGCCUUCACUACCUCCGACGUGGUGCGCAUGCACGUGGGGGAUGGCAAAAUCGCGUGCAGGAGCAACAGCCUUCUGAACAUGUUCAAAAGGAAGAAGAAUGCGCCUGGAAACGCUAAUUCUAAUGGAAAGUCUGUGUCAUGGUCUGAACCAGGUUCAAGACAUCCUCCGAAAGGAGAACACAUGUGGCACAGACUGUCUGUACAUGUGAAGAAACAGGAAGCCGGAUCCAAUCAGAUGGCUGUCAUUAAACCCCUAACUAAUACCUACCAUGACACAGGCAUGGACUUUUCAGAUCUAAGCACCAAAACUCUGUACAAUGUUGCCGAGGAGGACGAGGGUGACCAAGUCCGAUACAACACCCCCUGUAGCCCCCAACUGAUGGCUCACAGGCAAUCGCCUGUCAGUGAGCCCAUGAAGGAGGUGGGUCCAGAUCUGGAAUAUUACCCCCCUGAACAACACUUGCCACAAAACAGUGUUCUUUCUAAACAUGUCAUUGUGGAUCCUCUCCAGGAGGUUGUGGGAAAUUACAAUUCCAACAUGCCUGAGCUUAACGAUAUCAUCAGUCUACAAAGCACAGAGAAUAUGGUGAGGCCAAUGUACCAGCCCCAUAUGAUACAGCCUCAGCAGGUCCUGCCUCUGGAGCUGGACCCUUACCAAGAGGAGCCGACUUCUCCCCUGGAGGAGGAGGAAGUUGAGAGCGAGCAGUUUGGUCUCCUCCAUGGCUAUAUGUACGAUAAUGCCCAGAUCCAUGACGAGGAGGAGCUGGUACAGAUAAAAAUGGCGAUGGAGGACUCCAUGGCUCUCAUGCCGCCCUCCCCUUUCCGAGAUUCCGUAGGCUCAGGCAGUCCCAUUCCCAACUCUCCUGUGUCUGAGUCGAUAUUGUGUACCCCGCCAAGUGUGACGUACGCAUCGGUCAUCCUUAGAGACUAUAAACAAAGUUCCUCAACCCUGUAA